AGUUAUCGGAUAAUUCACCAAAUUAGAAAUAUAUAAUAAGACGAAUACAAAACCCCAGGAAACAAUGGCAUCCUUGAAAAUACCAGAUAGCAAAUUAACACUAAGCAGCAUGGAAUCGAAAAGUGGUGACGGAACAACAAAAAACAUUAGAUACAGACAUGCUGGCGAUUUAACUGGGGAGCCACCAACAAGAGAGUUUGCUGAAGUCACUAUUCCCGUGCCUUGGGGCCACUUGGCUGGCAAAUGGUAUGGCCCUCAAGAUGUCCAACCCAUAUUGGGUUUACAUGGCUGGCAGGAUAAUGCUGGUACAUUUGAUUUGCUAGUGCCAUUGCUGCCACCAGAUAUUGCUUUUCUUUCGGUCGAUUUACCGGGACAUGGCUUAUCUUCCAGGCUACCAGAUGGUUGUUACUACAAUACCAUUGACAAUCUGUAUAUUAUACGUGUAAUCAUGAAACAAUACAAAUGGGAGAAAUUAUCGUUGAUUGGCCACUCAAUGUCGUCGAUUAUUGGUUUUGUAUUUGCUGCCGUUUUUCCCGAUAAAGUUGAUAUGUUCAUUGGCAUCGAUGCCCUGAAACCCCAUCAGAGGCCUUUUCCCAGCGUUAUACGCACUAUGGAAACGCGUAUGGAUGAAUUUUUACGUGAAGAUGAACGUAAUCGCAAUAAAAGUGAACCUCCCAGCUACACCUACAAUGAGCUAAUCGAACGUAUUUAUGUCGGCACAUUCCAUUCGGUGAACAAGGAUCUAUGCAAACAUAUGUUGGCCCGUAAUAUACAAAAAUCGGAAAAAUACCCAGACAAGUAUUUCUUUACACGUGACAGACGUUUGAAAUUCUACAAUUAUGCUGUGGGCUCCCAAGAGUUGUGUGUGGAAAUGGCCAGACGUAUCACCUGUCCCUAUCUCUUUAUUAAGGCCCGCAACUCUUCAUAUUUUGAAGAUAAAAAGUAUUACGAUGAAGUUAUGGACGUCCUGAAAACCAAACCGAAUUUUGAAUAUGUUGAAGCUGAUGGUACCCAUCAUUUACAUAUCAAUAACCCUGAAAAUGUAAUUGGACCCAUUGUUGAUUUUAUUAAUCGUUUUGGUCCCGUGGCAAGGACAAAACAGGCAAAGGCCGCCAAGCAAGCAGCACAAGCCGAUAAAGAAAGUAAACUCUAGAGUGUAUAAUGUGCUGAUAAAGAGGCUAGAUUUGAAAGUCAUCAAUGAUAAGCGUGAUAUUUAAAUAUACCUAACGUAUUCUACUACUUAAAAAAUCCCAGGGAAAUAUAUAACACAAAUUUUAUUUGUAUGUAUGUAUUAUUAUUGUAUGUUUGUAUGCCUUAACAUAUUGUAAUUGUUAGCUAUUAAUUUUGUAUAAGAAGUGCAUGCACAGCAUGCUGAAAUAAUGUGAAUGGUUUUAAAUAAAAAAUAAGAGCACAAAUUAAAGAGAACUCCAAGUUCUAACUUAAAA